AUGCUGUCAAAACUGUCGGAAUCGCACUCGCCGCAGGUAGUCUCGCCGCUAUUAGACUCGCCGCUGUCAGACUCGCCGCUGUCAGACUCGCCGCUGUCAAACCCACCGCUGUCAUCAUCACAUUCCCAACCUUUUGGUAAAUACAAAAAAAUGUCACGACGAGAGGAAGCAGAGCUGCUCAAAAAAGGAUUCACCUCCCAAAUACGCCUUUUGGACGAGCAAUAUCAUAUUCUCACAUCUGAGACUAGAAAAAUAUUAGAUAUUGGGUUUGCACCGGGUCAUUGGAUGAGCUAUAUUGCGGAAACACUAGCCAAGCUACAUGAUGUGGAGCAAGAUAAACUAUACACCAAGAAAAUUAUGAUUUUGGGGUUUGAUAUACUUUUCAAAAAUCCACCAAAGGGAACAAGCUCCAUACAGGGAAAUAUUUUUUCUAAAAUGGCACAAGGAUUAGUCAUGAAUCAUUUCAAAGAUUUUGAAAUAAGAAACCGGAAAUUGAAAAGCGGAGGAGCAGUAGGAGGUGGUGGCAAUAAUGGUAUUGGAGAUAUUGAUGAUUUGGUAAAAAAGUCUUACUUUGACCAAGAAAAAGAAGAAACGGAGAUUCUAAAUGAAUUGGCUGGGGUUUUUGAUAAGAAGUUGAUCAUCGCAGAUGAUAAUAAUAACAACAACAACAACAACAACAACAAUAGUAAUAAAAAUAAUAGCAAUGAGGAUCUGAAUAGUGAUGAUUGGAAAAUAAAUUUAGUCCUCAGCGACUUAUCACGGCCACUAAAACAACAAAGUGGAUUUUAUGAUCAUUCAGAGACACACCCAUAUAUCAGGUAUAAUUCAAACAAGGGGUUGAAUCACUCAAUUAUAAAUCCCACAAAGGCUAAUUUGGAUCUAGCUGAAGCUUCUAUACUUUUGAUGCAACAGGUAUUGAAAACUGGAGGGAAGUAUGUGUUACGGCUUAGCUGUAUAAAAGUCGGGGAUAGCGAAAUCGAUCUGAUCAAGCAAAAGUUGCAAAUGCUAUUCAAUGACGUAAUCAUGAUUGACGUAAUCAUGAUUGAGCUGACGAACGAAUGUAUUUUUAUAUGCAAUGACAAGAGAUAG